GCUAAUCAAACGGGAAAGCCCCUUUAAGACCGCGACCACCACUAAACAUGAAUAGAACACGACUGCUCAAGUGUGAAAAGAGUUUUAUUUAAUCGAAUUAGUCGCAUCAGAGGUGCAAUUAAAACCACGGAUUUCCUUUGUGCCGAAUACUUAGCGACCGGCUGAUUUCUUCAUUUACGUAAUGUGCGUGUAUUGAGUGCAAACCGCAGUACCUCCCCUCUUGGCCCGAUGCAUCCCUCCCGUCUCGGGCCGUUUCAGAGCUGAAGAGGAGUGUUCUCCGAUUUUGAUCAGGAAGGAAGAGAAGUGACGCGCAUCCUCCUGCAGUCCGCUUUUGUCCCCCGAGCUGCGCCGCUUCGCUCUUGUGAUUUGAUGCGCAGUCCGUUAGCCCAACAGGUGAGCCUCUCGCGUCGGCCGGGGUCACGUGUCGCGACGUUUAACGUUUCUUCGACGGAGUUCGAUGUUCCAAGAAAAGGAAAAAAAAAAAAAAAAACCGAUUUUUCCUUCGCAGGAGGAGAGCAGCUUUCUUUUCUCAUUUGACGAAUUUUGAUUUCCACGGACGUAUUAAGUAUCGAAUCUUCCAUCGUUUGAUAUGUGAUCCUGCAAGAUUUACAAUAGAUAAAGGGAGGACCAGCUGAUUUGUGGAUACCAGCAGACACCCCUUCAUUUCUGUAGAGGCUAUGGAGAAGCAUGUGCCUCUGAUAUUUAACCAACUUCCGGGCUGCAAUGAUGCUCUCCAAGGCAAAUCCGUCUUUAAGAGACCUUCCGAUGAUUUGUGAAAUUCCUCUGUGUUCUCCUGCUACUUUCCCACUGAUAUGAAACACAUGAUGGCAGAUAAAUUGGACUUAACUUUUCUCAAGGAACUCGAAAGGGAAAAGGUGCUGGACGUCCUAUACAGGGAUAAAGUCCUGCGUACGGUGGAGGAGGAAAGGAUAAGGAAAUUAAGGUCCGAGCUGCAAGAAAUCCGACGGAAGGGCGCAAAAAGUUUCACUCGUCAGUACAGCGGAAGGACAUGUGCCCGCUGCCAAAGACCUCUCGGGAAGCUGCUGAACAGUGGAGCCGUGUGCAAAGGGUGCAGCCAUCGCAUUUGUACCAAGUGCCGUAUUGUCCUGUCUCCAAGGAUGUGGAAAUGCACAGCGUGUUACGCGCUUGGUCAGGUAAAAGUCAAAUCUGGAGAUUGGUUCUUGGAGGAAAGAUCUAAGAAAUUCCCACAAGAAGGUGAUGCAGAAUCCAUUGGAGAAAAGCUGUUAAAGUCAUGUCCCAGAAUUAGUAAAAUCUCCAUCGUCCCUCCUACUCCACCACCAUUUCUUGAUGAAUCUGCAGGGAGCAGCAUGGGGGACUUGGCAUAUCCCAAAGGCUUUACUAAAUCCAUGGAGAACCUGUUUGUUUCACUUACAACGAACAUAAGAAAAAUGUCCAAAUCUCAGGAUGACAUGCGGGCCGAUCGAACACGUCUAACGGCCGAUUACCAAAGUCCAAGGAAAGAGAGGAGGAGUAAAUCGGACACGGCCAUCAACAGCGCGGCAACGCUAUCGAAAGCACCGAGCCUUCCCAACCUGAGUAAAGGCGAAAGAGGAGAGAAUGUCGGGAAAGACAAUCGGCUCGAGGCAUCUUUUAAACCGGCCAGCAAGGCUCGGUCUGCGACAACACUAUUCAGCGGCAGAGAAAACCGAGGCAGCAUAUGCAGUCUUAGCAGCAGUGAAGCGGGCUGCUUUGAGGAUUCUGCUAUUACGGGAGAAAUCGAGUUUUCAUUGUCAUACAAUUUCAAGUCUUCCUGUCUAGAAAUUGACAUCAAAGCCUGCAAAAACCUAGUGAACUUGGGGGAAAAGAAAAGAAAGUGCAACCCCUAUAUAAAAACGUAUUUACUACCAGACAAGUCCCCACAGAGUAAACUGAAGACCACCAUAAAGAAGAACACAGUAGACCCAGUUUUUAACGAAACGUUAAGGUACAAUAUAAGUCAUUCUCAGUUGGAGACCAGGAUGCUGCAGGUCUCCGUAUGGCACAGCGGGACGCUCAAACGCAAAGUGUUCCUAGGAAGUGUGGAGAUUCCUUUGGAGUCCUGGAAAUUUGAAGAUAAUUCAACGCAGACAUUUAAAUGGUACCAGCUUAAUGCCAAGGAUAGUAGGAGUGAAAACUGGCUGCCACUCCAGUACAACGGGGAACUUCUCGUCAAGGCGAUGUUUGAACUUCCUACAAAUAACGGCAGACGCCAGUGGGACAUGUAUGCCAAUGAUGAUAUUGACGAAAAAAUGGAUGAUGUUGGCCAGCUAAGCGUUUUCAUUAUUGGCGCCAAAAACCUUCCAUCGACCAGGGCGGAUGGCACUUUAAAUUCAUUUGUCAAAGGAAGCCUGGUUACUCCAGAUAUGCAGGAGCGGAAACUGAAAACCCAGGUCUUGAAAAGGGUGACUGAUCCCCAGUGGAAGCACCAGUUUGUCUAUAAAGGGAUUUCUCUUGGCGAGCUCCACGAGUCCAACUUGGACCUCACCGUAUGGGACCAGGCGACACUGGGCCUGUCCGACCGUUUCCUGGGAGGUGUUCGUCUGGAAAAAGGUACGCUUUUAAGAGGGCCUAUAAAUCAAACGGAAGCCGCUCAUCGUGAAGCGUGGGAGGCCAUACUGAAAAGACCAAAUGAAUGGAAUACGGUCAAUCUGACACUCCAAUCAAACCCAGCCCUUGUGAGAGCUUAACAUUUGUUGCUUUUGACGGGACUACUUGACUCGAUAUCACGUUUCUGUGUUUGAGCAGUGUUGAUAAGUGAAGGAAAGAAACUUGGAAUGUCGAAACCUUUUACAAAACAACUGCCAUCCAAUCCCAGGGCCCAAAAGAGACUGGAAUGAAGCUCAUCAGGAAGAUUAGUUGGGUUCUGUCCUUAAGGAGACGAUUAAGCAAGUUUAAAAACACUGCAGUUCUGGUUCAUCGUGAGGAACCUAGAGAAGAAUCUGAACAGAACAUCCAGAUGAGUGUUUCGAGUACACUGGAAUUUCAAAAAACUCUUAGCAGCCCGAGGUUCUGUCCUAAAGGAGACUCAAACCCAUCAGAGAAAAUGUAUAAACUCUGGGCAGUUCUGGCGCUUUGAGAAGAGCCCAGGUUCUCAACAGAAAAUCUACACGACCUUUCAGAGUACACUGGAAUCUCAGAUCCUCUGGGAAGCCCAAGAUUCUGUCCUAGAUGAACCAUUGCCCAUUAAUUUAAUCCUGAAGUUCUGGGUAAGCGAAAGGAACCGAGAAUCUCAACAGAACAUCCACGUGGAGUACCCCAGAAUCGCGAAUCUCCCAGGGAGCCUAAGGUAACAAGACUACUGGUGAACAACCACACAAACAUUUGUGCACAAAAUGUGACUACGAUAGACAAAGACACGACAGCUAUAACGCAGAGAAAGGACUGAAGAUGAAAUCUUGUCAUUUUAAAGCUACUGUUUAUACUAAUUAAAAUAUCACUGAAAAUA